AGGUAAUCGAAUUUAUAAUUUAACUUAACACACAAUCAUCAUAAAUAACAUGAUCAAUGCUACUUUUAUUAAUGUUUUUUUCAUACAGCGAGAUUAGGAAAAUUUUGUGAACUGGACGAAGAUUGUGAUGAAAUAUGGCAUGCAAAAUGUUCAAAAGAAAAAUCGUGUAUAUGUAGAACCAAUAAUAUUGAAGUAAAUGAAACGACCUGCGCACCAGUAUUGGGUGGAUUUUGUUGGAAAAAUGAAUUAUGUGCGACCAAUAACGCUGUUUGUAUUGACAAUGAAUGUCAAUGUAACGUCAGUAAUUAUCGAAGAUUUAACGACCAAUGCAUAUUCAAUACGUUAGGUGCACCCUGUGAAAGCGAUGAAAGUUGUGAACGAGUUAGGUUUGCGAAAUGUUCGGAGCACAAAAUCUGUAGCUGUUCAUCGAAUACUUUCGCUGUAAAUCAAGAUCAUUGUGCAUCACUUAUAGGUGGGUUUUGCUGGACAACAAAGGAUUGUCUACCUCCAAAUUCUACUUGUGUUGAUAACAUCUGUCAAUGUAUGGAUUUCUACGUUUCUCAAUCGAAUAAUCAAUGCAUACCAGUCCAUUUGAACAUGUCCUGUUCAACGGAUAAAGAAUGCAGUCAUUGGAUACCACAUUCUAUUUGCGCUCGGAAUCAAUGCACUUGUGAUAACGAUUAUUUUGCAAAAAAUCCGAAAACAUGUGAAUCUAUUCCUAAUAUUCCCUGUUCAAGUAAAUUUCCAUGUACAAUAGAUCAUUCUCUGUGUAUAGAUGAUAUGUGCCAAUGUGAAACUAGGUUUGUGUACAACUCUUCUAAAUGUAUUCCUCUUCACCUCAACGGAUCUUGCAAAAGUAAUAAUGAUUGCGAUCCGAUCCUAAAUGCAAGAUGUUCAGCUGACAAUAUAUGUGUUUGCAAUGAAAAUCAUAUUGAAUUCAACGAAAGAGUCUGUAGACCGGUGCUGCCACAACAUUGUCUUGAAGAUGGAGACUGUAUAGCUAUUAAUUCAAUUUGCAUCAUGAAUGAAUGUCAAUGUAAACCACAUUUUGUGAGGCAAUCGACAAAUUUAUGUGUAUUAUCUCAAUUAGGUAUGGACUGUAAAGAUAGUAAUGAUUGUAUUGAUAUACUAUAUAGUGAAUGCUCUGUGAGCAAAAAGUGUGAAUGCAUGUCAAACUAUGCAGAAUAUAAUAUUACAGCAUGUGGGCCACUACUAGGCAGUUAUUGUUCAGAAAAUCGACAAUGUGCAACUCUUAAUUCUAUUUGUUCAAAUAAUAUAUGUGUGUGCGGCGAUGGUCUUAUAGAAUAUUCAAACAACAAAUGUACAUCACAUUUUAUCGGAAAGUACUGCAUGAUAGAUAAAGAUUGCGAAGAAAUACUGGAUUCGAAAUGCGAGAACAAUGACUGUGCUUGUAAAGACAACUAUGAUAUGGUGAAUACAACGGCUUGUGCACCACUUUUAGGUGAAUAUUGUAAAAACAAUCAACAAUGUGCGCCCGCCAAUUCAAUAUGCAAUAAUAAUAAAUGUCAAUGCGAUUCUGAUUACGUGCGUCAAUUUAAUAAUAAAUGCUUACCGAAAGCAGGACAUUUUAAAAUAUCAUGUUACAAAGAUGAUGAUUGUGUAAGCAUUAAAUAUGCAAAAUGUUCCAUAUAUCAAAAAUGUGUUUGUCAAUUAAGUUAUGUUGCUCACGGUGUUGAUAAAUGUAUAGCGCUUAUAGGUGAAUAUUGUGACUCAGACGAUGAAUGUAUUUCAAAUCAUACUGUUUGUAUUGAUAAUAAAUGCCAAUGUGCAAAGAAAUUUGCCAUGAGAACCAAAUAUCAAUGUGACCAUAUUUCGCUUGGUAAAACAUGUCUCAAGGAUGAUAAUUGUGACGUAGGCAUAAAAAAUUCCGUUUGUUCAAUCGAUAAUAUCUGUGUUUGUCGCGAGAAUUACUAUGCAUUGAACGGAUUUGAAUGUGUCCCUGUUUUACAUGAAUAUUGUUUGAACAAUGAUGAAUGUCGAUUCAAUUAUUCUGUCUGUGUUGAAAAUAAAUGUCAAUGCAAACAUAACUUUCAGUCUGUAUCAGCAAGUCAGUGCAAACCAAUUGAUUACUUGUAUGUAUGCAAUGAUGAUUUAGAUUGCGGUGAUCCAUGGCAUAUUAAAUGUUUUUCAGACAAGAAAUGUCGAUGCAAUUCAAACAAUUUUUUAAUUAAUAGAUCAACAUGUUUGCCACUUUUAAAAGGUUAUUGUUGGAGGGAUAGCCAAUGCUUCGUUCCCAAUUCAGCUUGUAUUGAUUAUCACUGUAAAUGUAAACAGAAUUUCAUGGCUGUAUCCAGUAAUCUAUGCUUACCAGUGUAAAGUAGGACCCUAUCGGCAAGUUUAUUCUUAUCAUCACUAUGACUUUUCCCAUGGACUACCAACCGGCUGCUGAUAAAUAAUCACUGAAUUAUCAUUUUAACAUUUACAGUAUAAUUUGUAAACGGUUUUAAAAAAAGAUCGAAAAAACCUCAAAAAUUCCCUUAUUUAUAUAUAAUGACAAGACUGAAUUUGUUGAGAUCAAAAGAUUAGUCUUGUUGCUACAAGGGGAUUUUUUUUACCUCUGCAAAUUUCUAGUUCUGCUGAAACUCCUAAUAAUACGAAUGGAAUACCCACAGAACCGAAUCCUGUUGCAACAACGUCCGCUUAAACACUUGGCCACUUCAAACUGUGUAGUAAUUAAUUUUGUGUAGUGAUAGGUCCUUUAUCAUACUCCAGAAUGUCCUAUAUACGUAUACAUAUUUUGUCGAAAUGAAAUUUUUGUUUUGAUUUGA